AUGGUCUCCGAGCUACCCUAUGCCCUCGAUGCCGAGUCGCCUCUCAAGGCAUCCGAGCUUCAGGUUCUCCGCGCCCAGUACGAGAAAGAAGGCGACAUGGUCGGAGUGCAGACCAAAUUCAACUACGCCUGGGUAUGGCUGUCUUCCUCAGGCCGCACGCACUUCCAGAUCAUAGUCACUGACCACACGCAGGGCCUGGUGAAAUCCGACUCCCGCAACGACCAGCAACUCGGCGUGCGCCUCCUCUCCGAAAUCUUCCGCGUGUCCCCCGAGCGCCGCCGCGAGUGCCUUUACUACCUGGCUCUGGGCAACUACAAGCUCGGCAACUAUGGCGAGGCGAGACGAUACAACGAUCUUCUCCUGGAGAAGGAGCCGGCGAAUCUGCAGGCGUCCAACCUGCGGCAGCUGGUGGACGACAAGGUAGCCAAGGAGGGCCUAAUGGGCGUGGCGAUCGUCAGUGGUGUCGCUGUGGCGGCAGGUGUAGUGGGGGCCUUCUUGAUGCGGAAUGUGCGCAAGAGGUAG